AGCCAACCAGAGGGCGGUGAAAAGACUUGCUCGCCUGGGUAAAAUUGCAUCCUCUGAACGGAUCAACGCUCCGGCAAAUCCCCGUGACACACACGCGUUCCCCCCGCCCAAACAAAAAUAACGCUAUAGCAACUUGACCAUGUCUACUCGGUGAAUUCUUUCAUGUCCCUACCCCACUUAUUCUUCUUUUUCCCACCCGCCUCAUUUGCCCUACCUGCGUUCUGCAGGUCAUCCAGCCCCGCACUGGGUCCCCAAUCGCGGUCGAUUGGAGACCUCAAGAAGGCAACUAUCACAUUCCGAAAGACGCAUGAUAACGUCUAACCUAUCAAUUUCUCUUCAGCGUGGAGCCGAAUCAUGCUGCGCCAAAGGCAAAGCAGUAUCGGGGGGUUCAGGUCUUGAUGCGCGGGGAGAACCUGUCGAACUGAUCGGGCAUUUUGUUUGUCACAAGUGACCUCCAAGCACCAGCGGGGAAUUCUGUGUCAGCCAAACACAACACAACCCUACCUGGUCAUUAUCCUCAAGCUCACCACGUGAGCCAGAACGGUACA